AGUCGAAAAGACGACUGAUUAUCCUACAGCAGAGUACUCGCUAGUGGAGGAUGUAGCGCUACACUUCACGUGUUUGAUGGACAGACUGAAUGAGCAGCGCCUGUUUCAGCCCGACUUGUGCGACGUGGACAUCGUCCUGGCCCAACAGAAGAGCGUCUUCCCGGCCCACAAGGGAGUCCUCGCCGCCUACAGCCCUUUCUUCCACUCCCUCUUCACCCGAAACAAGCAGCUUCAGCGGGUGGAGCUCUCCCUGGAGGCCCUCACCUGCCGAGGGCUCCAGCAGAUCCUGAACUUCAUCUACACCUCCAAGCUCUUGGUCAAUGGGUCCAACCUGCAGGACGUCCUGAACGCGGCCGCCGUCUUGCAGAUGACCAACAUCGCCUCCUCCUGCCAGGACCUCAUCCAGACCCGGUCUCUCAGCUUGGCCAUGGCCAGCAAUAUGGCGCUGCCGCCGGACGGCUGUGGGAAAAACGUCCCGUCUCAGUACUACUGUGACAUCAAGCAAGAGGUGGACCCUCCUCACCCCAAGAUCUACGCUCGGGAAGGGAAUGACCCCUUUUCGGUGCGGGUGGAGGACGGUACAGCUCACGGAGUUGGGCAGAACCUCCCGGCCGUAGCCGGCAAGAAGUAUUACAAGGAGGAGAAAGAGUCCGGCCUGCCCAUGUGCAAAGUGGAAGGGGAGGAACCGGAGGUGGACCUGGGGAGCCGAGGCUCCUACAACCGGGGCGAGCAGAUCAUUGUGGAAGUCAACCUCAACAACCAGACGCUCAACGUCUCAAAGGGGAUGGAGGGGAAAAACGCGGCCAGCGACCCAACGGCUGCCCUCGCCACGGUGAUCGGGAGGCCCGAAGAAGGAGGACGCGGUGUCGAGGAAGAAGGAGAGGAAGCAAACGGGGAAGGAGAGGAGGAAGAGGAGGCUGACGCCAGGGAGGAAGAGGAGGAGGAGGACGAGGAAGAAGAGCACACGGAAGAGGAGGAUGUCGAAGAGACCACUGAGGAAGAGGAGGAAGAGGAGGACGAUGGGGAGGGAGCGGUGGCCGAGACUCCACGGGAGACGUCGGGCCCGGGCGGCAAGUCCCCCGCGGUUCCCAAGGCGGCCGUGUCCGCCCAGUCCCACGAGGCUCCCGCCGUUAAUGUGACGGUGGAAGAGCUGGAAGGGGCGGCCGAGGGGGAAGAGGACGUUGAGGAGGAAGGGGGAGACCAAAGAGGCCGGAAGCGGAAGAAGGAGCAGGAGAGUCUGGGCCCGAAGGUCAAGCUGGAGGAGAAGCAGCACUACCCCUGCAAGAAAUGCCCCCGGGUCUUCAACAACCGCUGGUACCUGGAGAAGCACAUGAACGUCACCCACAGCCGCAUGCAGAUCUGCGACAAGUGCGGCAAGCGGUUUCUCCUGGAGAGUGAGCUGCUCCUGCACCACCAGACGGACUGCGAGAAGAACAUCCAGUGCAUAACAUGCGGGAAAGCCUUCAAGAAGCUCUGGUCGCUCCACGAACACAACAAGAUUGUCCACGGCUACGCAGAGAAGAAGUUCUCCUGCGAGAUCUGCGAGAAGAAGUUCUACACCAUGGCGCAUGUGCGCAAGCACAUGGUUGCACAUACCAAGGACAUGCCCUUUACCUGCGAGACGUGUGGGAAGUCCUUCAAGCGAAGCAUGUCGUUGAAGGUUCACUCGCUCCAGCACUCCGGGGAAAAGCCAUUUAAAUGUGAGAACUGCAACGAGCGGUUCCAGUACAAGUACCAGCUGCGGUCCCACAUGAGCGUCCACAUCGGUCACAAGCAGUUCAUGUGCCAGUGGUGCGGGAAGGACUUCAACAUGAAGCAGUACUUCGACGAGCACAUGAAAACACACACCGGGGAAAAGCCAUACAUCUGUGAGAUCUGUGGGAAAAGCUUCACUAGCCGGCCCAACAUGAAGCGCCACCGCCGGACACACACAGGAGAGAAACCUUACCCUUGCGACGUUUGUGGGCAGCGCUUCAGGUUCUCCAACAUGCUCAAGGCCCACAAAGAGAAGUGUUUCCGGGUCAGCAACCCCGGAGCCUCCGAUCCCAGUAACAACAGCGACGCCAGCGCUCUCGCUCUCUCCACGCCUCCGGGCACCGACUCACCUCACUUGACGGCCGGGGCGCCCCUCCACUCCACGCCACAUUCCCACCCGCACCCCUUGGCGCUCGUGCACGCUCAUGCGCUGAGUGUCCCUCCGCCUCUCUUACCGCCACCGCCUCCUCUCUUUCCAGGCAGCCGCGUGAACUUAAACAACUAGGCCCCCGACCGCUCUAUGCCGCAUGUGCAGUAAAACCGGACGGUAAUUCAGUAAGUGCCCGGAAGGUGUCAGUCACGAAUAUGGCCGACUGUUGGGGGAAGAGCUUAAAACUUGGUUGGUUGGUUGGUUUUGUUAUUUCUCAAUGGGCUUCAUCGUUCGUUCUUCAGCUCGGGGGGGGGCUGGAGGUCACUGGCCCACGAGCAGGAACAUAGCCCGCAAGCCAUCUUUCCUCCUCUAAUGAUGUAGGACACGAAAUUAACCUCCUGCUUUGCUCAUACCUGGAAGGCUGCAGACCAAGGAGUGAAUCUUUGAUGUUCUAAGGACACCUCACAAUGAUUGCUGGUGAUCUUCAUUCAGGCCGAAACACCCUCUUCGUGACUUCUCAUGCCAACAGUCAUAGGGGUUUGGAGGGGCAGCAGCUGGGUUUCCUUUAGAGCCAGGAGGUGAGGAGCUUCCAUCCAAACCCCUAAAGAUUGGGUCAUUGCGGCUUCCUUCUUUUAAAAAAAUCUUAAGGAGAACAGAGAAAUAUGAAACCCUCUCCAUAUAGAGCUAAGAGGAAACAGCAGGUCUUGGUGUGGAAAUUCGGGCUUUCUGGGAAAGUCAAGGAACAUCUGGAUGAAUAGCUAUGAACAUCUGGCUCAAUAACAAAGCCAUUCACUCCCUUGCACCGGUACUUGGUCUAUGUCCUUCUUCAAUUCCCACAUAGAGAUACCAAUCUUCCGUGGGGUAAUGCACUAUAAAAGCAAAUCCCUCUAGAAUUGUAUCUAUACUUAGGUUUUCCUUUGCCGGUUGCUAUUCAACUGGCUUGGGGGGAAAAAAAUAACUGGCCUUUUUUUAAAAAAAUGUCGGGAAUUUAUUAUUUUAACCUGUUUUGCACUUUAUUAAUCCAUUAUAAUAACCCGUC